AACCGCAGUAGAAGUUAAAAAGUGAUUCACGCUACCGAACGAACGGCAGAAGCAAAUUUGCCAAAAAUAUAAUAAUAAUUAGCAUUGCCGCCAGACAUAGCGUUAGAAAAUUUAAAUAACUGAAUAAGGCCGCCGCGAGUGUUUUGGAAAGUGUAAAUCGACGGCCCCGCUGAGUCUGCGUCGCUCUGACUUUGAGUGCGCGUGUGCGUGUGCAUGUGUGUGUAUGUGCCUGUGUGAAAGGAGGAGGAGAAGCAACCAAAAAAAGUGUACAGACGACGCGCAGACGCAACGAUCUGCAGUGGCCAAUUAAAAGUACCGAAAAACGCGAGUGAAAAUUAAUUAAUAAUUGGCGAAAAGUUCGCCAAAAAUAUUCAUAGUUGCUUAACAAUAUUAAAUAAAAUAAAUUUUAUAACAAAAUGGGUUGUGCCGUGAGUACAGCACGAGAUAAAGAAGCCAUCGAGCGUUCGAAAAGCAUAGACCGGGCGUUGAGAGCAGAAGGAGAACGUGCCGCCUCGGAGGUUAAACUCCUGCUUUUAGGUGCCGGUGAAUCGGGCAAAUCGACGAUAGUGAAACAAAUGAAGAUCAUCCAUGAGACGGGCUACUCGCAGGAGGAGUGUGAGGAAUAUCGUCGUGUGGUUUACAGCAACACUGUGCAGAGUUUGAUGGUCAUCAUUCGUGCCAUGGGUCGGCUAAAGAUCGAGUUUGCGGAUCCCGGCAAAACGGACAUUGCACGCCAGUUCUUCACACACGCCUCGGCGGCAGACGAAGGCAUUCUACUACCGGAAAUUGUGAUGCUCAUGAAGAAACUGUGGUCAGAUGCCGGUGUCCAGCAAUCCUUUUCACGCUCUCGCGAAUAUCAGUUGAAUGACUCGGCCGGAUACUAUCUGAAUUCCCUGGAUCGCAUUGCGCAGCCCAAUUAUAUUCCCACACAGCAGGAUGUGCUGCGCACUCGGGUCAAGACCACAGGGAUCAUUGAGACGCACUUUAGCUGCAAACAGUUGCACUUCAAACUCUUUGAUGUGGGCGGUCAGCGAUCGGAGCGUAAAAAGUGGAUUCAUUGCUUUGAGGGCGUCACGGCCAUUAUCUUUUGUGUGGCACUGUCUGGUUAUGACUUGGUCUUGGCUGAGGAUGAGGAAAUGAAUCGUAUGAUUGAAUCACUCAAACUCUUCGACUCCAUUUGCAAUUCAAAGUGGUUUGUCGAAACGUCCAUAAUACUCUUCUUGAAUAAAAAGGAUUUGUUCGAGGAGAAAAUCAAGCGAUCUCCCCUGUCAAUAUGCUUCCCGGAAUACACAGGUUCCAAUACCUUUGAGGAAGCCGCCAACUAUAUACGCAUGAAGUUUGAAAAUCUCAAUAAACGAAAAGACCAAAAGGAAAUUUAUACGCAUCUCACCUGCGCUACAGAUACAAAUAAUGUGAAGUUUGUAUUCGAUGCCGUUACAGAUGUUAUCAUCAAGAACAAUCUAAAACAAAUUGGCCUAUUCUAAUAAUAUAUAUAUAUAUGUAUAUGUAGAAGCAGCUUAUACAAUACGACUAGAGUGCGUCUUAGUAUUAAAGGAAAACGCGCAAACAUUUCCAUUACAUUAUAAAUUAAUUAAUUCUAGAGACAUACUAUUUACAUACAAUAUACAUAUGUAGUUCCAUUAUGUAUAGUAAUACGUACAUAUGCUAUUAUAACAUUUUAAAUGCUUUACAUGCUCUUGAGAUAAACUUAUCUAUAUACAUAUGUUAAUAUGAAUACGAACCGAUUUUGUUGCCAAUAGUCGAGGAACAAAUAAUAAGUUUAAAUUGCUAUAAGUGAACUAAUUAAAAUACGCAUGUAUGUAUGUAAUUUAACAAGUGUAAAUUAGGCGACAGGAGUUCGAUAAAGACAACUGCCCAGAUUUGUUUUAAUGCACUGCGCACAAUUGUGGCCAGUUAUCUUUGCUUUUAGUUAAGUUUAAUUCAUGUGACUAAAUUGCAUGGCGCAAAAUCAACAGACUCACACAAUUCGUCAUUCUCUCAUUUUGCGCCAUGCACUUUGAUGCCACGUUUUGCAACACUACAUUUUGCCAAGAGCUUAGCGCACCAUUGAAGUGAGCGUGGGCUUAAUUUAUGUAUGCCCUUUUUACAUGUAACUAGAAAACUUACUAAUUUUUGUUAGUAAUAGUUUGAAUAAAGACAAAACACAACAACUAA